AUGUCGUUCGCCCCGCCACCCGGUCCCCCUCCUCCGUCAGUUCCGGAGGGAUGGACCACUCAGUUCGAUGACAACUACCGACAAUGGUUCUACAUCAACUUAGCCACAGGGAGAUCGCAAUGGGAGCCGCCACAAGCCGCGCCUACGCCGACGCCACCAGCCGUUGCACCCGCUCCCCCGUCUGAGCAACAACAACAACAGCAACAACACCACCACCAAGCGGACCAGCCAGGGGGCCUGCCACCGUCAUACGAAGAAUCUGGGCCCGGGAACCCAUCCGCCGUCGCAAGUGCAGAAGAGUCGGAGAAGAAGAAAGCAAACCUCUUCAACUCGAAUAACCCGUACAACGCCGAGUCUUCGGGACCAAGCGGUAGUAGUGGCGCCGGCUUGGGAAGCGGGAUCGGAGAAAAGGGCGCGGCAUCAAAUACCGUGGAAAGCGACGCCGAGCUAGCAGCACGCUUACAAGCUGAGGAAAACGCGCGAUCCGGUGCUAGCUCCGCUGGUCCUGGCGCAGCAUCAAACUACUAUGACGACAACACCCCGCACUCCCCUACGCCAUCAUCAACAGCCGGAACGGGGGAACGAGGCAAGGACAAGAAGAAGGGCUUCUUUAGCAAGCUGAUGAGCAAGGCCUCCUCGGGCUCUGCUAGCCCCGGUCAUGGGUUCUCUGGCCGCCCCGCCUUUGCGGCUCCGCAGCAUCACCAUCAACAACAACCUGUCGGGUAUGGAGGAUACCCGCCACAGGGCCCCUAUGGUGCUCCCAGCCCCGGUCCAGGGUAUGGUGCACCCGGUGGCUAUUACCCGCCGCAGCAGGGGUACGGGCCGGGGUAUGGACCGCAGCCCGGAUAUGGAUACCCACAACAGGCUUACUAUGCGCAGCCGCAGCGGAGACGCCCUGGUGGGGGUGGAAUGGGGAUGGCCGGUGCGGCGGCGCUUGGUGUUGGCGGUGGGUUGAUUGGAGGUGCGUUGUUGGCGGAUGCAAUAGAUGAUGAUCAUGAUGAUUAUGGCGGAGGUGAUGACUUUGGGGGCGAUUUCUAG